GCGGGGCAAGAAGGGCUGUGGCGUCAUUCUUUGGGCGUGAACAGCGAGGCCAGGGCUCGGAGUGCGACGCAGAGUGACCGCUACCGCUGUUGUAAGAUUUUUGGUUUUGCGAUGGCUGAUGGAGAAGGAUUUGUGGUACGUGUGCGAGGGCUACCCUGGUCUUGUUCUGUGGAUGAAGUUCAAAGAUUUUUCUCAGACUGUAAAAUUGCCAACAAUGGCACGAACAUCCACUUUACCUACACGCGUGAGGGCCGUCCCAGUGGAGAGGCUUUCGUGGAGCUGGAGUCUGAGGAGGACUUGAAGAUUGCGGUGAAGAAGGACCGAGAGACCAUGGGUCACAGAUAUGUAGAAGUGUUCAAGUCCAACAGUGUGGAAAUGGACUGGGUCCUGAAGCACACGGGUCCCAACUGCCCGGAAACAGCCGGCGAUGGGCUGGUGCGGCUGCGUGGGCUUCCCUUCGGCUGCAGCAAGGAGGAGAUCGUUCAGUUCUUCUCAGGGUUGGAAAUCGUGCCAAAUGGGAUAACAUUGCCAGUGGACUUCCAGGGGAGGAGUACGGGGGAGGCCUUCGUGCAGUUUGCUUCACAGGAUAUAGCUGAAAAGGCUCUAAAGAAACACAAGGAAAGAAUAGGGCACAGGUAUGUGGAGAUUUUCAAAAGCAGCCGUGCGGAGGUGCGGACUCAUUACGAACCCUCGCGGAAAGGCAUGGGUGUGCAGCGACCCGGCCCCUAUGACCGCCCCGGGGGUGGGCGCGGAUACAGCAGCACGGGCCGGGGCGGGUCCUUCGACAGGAUGCGACGUGGGGGCUACGGCGGAGGCUAUGAUAGUUACGAUGACUUCAGUGAAGGCUAUGAUUGUCAGCGGUUCGGACGAGUUGCUGAAGGUGUAUCGGAUGGUCGCUAUGGUGACGGAGGGUCUGGCUUUCAAAGCACCACUGGCCACUGCGUGCACAUGAGGGGGCUCCCGUACCGAGCGACGGAGACGGACAUUUACAACUUCUUCUCACCACUGAACCCAGUGCGGGUGCACAUAGAGAUCGGCCCUGAUGGACGGGUGACGGGGGAGGCCGAUGUGGAGUUCGCUACACAUGAGGAUGCCGUGGCUGCCAUGUCUAAGGACAAAGCUCACAUGCAGCACCGCUAUGUGGAACUCUUCCUCAAUUCCACCACAGGGGGCAAUAACGGGAACUAUGGAAAUCAAAUGAUGGGGGCCAUGGCCAACCAGUCAUCCUACGGGCCCAGCAGCCAGCAGAUGAGCACCAGCUACAGUGGGGGCUACAGCAGCCAGACCAGCAUGGGCGGGUACAGUGACUACAGUAAUCAGAGCGGAAUGAGUAGCAGCUACUACGGCAGCGGCAGCCGAGGGUCCAUGGGAAUGAACGGCCUGAAUAGCGGCAUGAGCAUGGGGGCAGGGUGGGGGAUGUAGAUGUGCAUGGGGUGGGAGGGAUUAUUAUGAUUUAAUUUUUGGACUCUGGGGGGACAACAUUACUGAGGAUUAAAGUGUUCUUAUUUUGGCCUGGGUUGGGGGUGUCUUUCAGCUAGGAUUCUAUAGUGUAGGGUUAUGAAGUCAAGAGGCAGGGGAACAUGGAGAGUGUGAGGGUGACCUCGGAUUUCCUCGGCAGGGUCAUACUGGACAGCGUUUUCUUUUUCUUCCUUCCUUUUUUUAAUAUAUCCACUCUUAUUACAAGUGACAGGUGGUGUGUACUUUUGGCUGCUUGAGGGCAGUCUCUGUCUGUCCACCACUGGAGAGACUGUUAGUCCCCAUCCUCUGAGCACAUUAACUAGCUCUCAUUUUAAAUAGUCAACAUAGAAAUACUUGCAUUAUUUAGCUCCAAGUACGUUCAGCUGUUUUACCCCUUGAAGACUAAGACCUUGGAGUAAUUUCUUGUGAACCUGCAAUUUUAUAUUGUAAAAGCAUGUUUUUGAGUUUCUU